AUGGCUGAGCCUGGCAUCACCCUGGACACAGCAGCCCCUUCCCAGGGCAACAUUCCCUGGAGCAGAACCAGCCCUGAGCAGGACAUCACGAGGUCACUGCACAAACCUGCCGGACAUGGGGAGGAAGCGAAGCCGCGAGCGGGGACACGGAGACACCGGGACCUGGGAGGGGACCUGAGCCCGGCAGGACGAGCUCGGGGGGGGGGGCUGCACACCGAGCAGCCCCGAGGGACGAGGGACGAGGGAGGGACGUCCCCCGAGGGACGAGGCUGUGGGACCCCCAAAUCCCGGGGGAUGGCAGAGGGUCAGACUUGGGUCCCGCAGCACAUCCAGGGAAUCCCCACGGCAGGAGGAGCCCCCCGUAAAACACCCGGGCACCCCCAAGGCCGCAUUCCCCCGCAGCACAGCCGGGAACACCCCGGGAGCAGCACGGAGGGUCCGGUCCCCGUCCCCCCGUCACCCCCCAUCGCUCACCGGCCCCGGCCGCCCCCGGCCCCGCCGCCGCCGCAUGCCCGGCCCGAGCCGCUCCCGGCGCGCGGAGCCGCGUCACGGGGCGGGCUGGAGGCGGCACCGGGCAGAGCUCCGGGAGGGGACGGGACCCCGGUGUGGGGCUGCGAGGGACCCGCAAGGCACCCCUGCGGUGGGACACGAGCCCACAUGUGGGUUCGGGGGAUGGGGGCACAGCUCCAGGUCGGGAGGGAGGACUGUCCCCUCCCUCCUCCGCCCAGAGCAGAGUUCCCGAGGAAGCUCCGCGGCACCUCAGAGGCUGCGGCAUCUCCCAAUCGUUAA